AUGGCCUACAAACACAAGCAAACGGCCACACUUGUGACCAGAGUCGAUAAUAAUGGUGGUCCUAGGGUGGAAGUGCUAGCAGCGUUCUGUCCCGGUCACCGGGGAAGGCGAGAGCACGCUCGGCGUGCUCAGAUUCCCUCCGGGUCCACAGCUUGCCCCGCGCGCCCCUCUCGGGCGUCGGGCUCCGGCGUCCUGGCUGCCGGCGUUGUGGCCUGGCUGCUCCUCUGGGCAGCCUGGCUGGUCGGCAGGCUCGCCGCGGACUUGAGCGACUCCUCCUUCAGUGCUGGUGUAAGGGCCACUUGUUCUGAAAUUAUUUUGAGGCAAGAAUUUUUGAAAGAUGGUUUCCACAGAGACCUUUUAAUAAAAGUGAAGUUUGGAGAAAGCAUCGAGGACUUGCAGACCUGCCGGCUCUUAAUUAGACAUAACAUCCCAGCAGGACUCUUUGUGGACCCGUAUGAGUUGGCUUCACUCCGAGAAAGAAACAUAACAGAGGCAGUGAUGGUAUCAGAAAGUUUUAAUAUAGAAGCCCCCAACUAUUUGUCCAAUGAGUCUGCAGUCCUCAUUUAUGCCCGGCAGGACGCACAGUGCAUCGACUGCUUCCAGGCCUUUUUACCGGUGCACUAUCGCUAUCACCGGCCACAUAGGAAAGAUGGAGACACACUCAUUGUUGUCAACAACCCCGACUUACUGAUGUACUGUGACCAAGAGUUUCCAGUUUUGAAAUGCUGGGCUCAGUCAGAAGUAGCAGCUCCAUGUGCUUUGAAGAGUGAGGAGAUCUGCCAGUGGAAAAACAUGCAGUACAAAUCAAUACUUAAGAAUCUGACGGUGCAGGUUCCAGUGGGACUGACUAUACACACCUCUUUAGUGUGCUCUGUGACACUGCUCAUUACCAUUCUGUGCUCCACUCUGAUCCUUUUAGCUGUUUUCAAAUAUGGCCAUUUUUCCCUGUAAGUUUUGUACAGUUACAUUUUUUUCUAUGAACCUAAUAAAUGACACCUAUUCAUUUAUUCUGAAAAGUGCUCUUUUCAGAAUUAACUGGU